AUGUGGCGGAUGUGGGUCGCGGAUGUGGAUAUAAUGGAUGUGGAUGUAGUGGCUCUGGAUGUUGAUCUGAUGAUGUGGACAUGGUGGAUGAGGAUGUGGCGGAUGUGGGUCGCGGAUGUGGAUAUAAUGGAUGUAGAUGUGAAAGUGGUGGAUGUGGAUGUGGAAGUGCUGGAUGUGGAAGUGGUUGUGGAUGUGGUGGAUGUGGAAGUGGAAGUGGAUGUGGUGGAUGUGAAAGUAGAUGUGGAUGCGGAUGCGGAUUCGGAUGUGGCUGUGGAUGUGGUGGAUAUGGUGGAUGUGGAUGUAUGCGGAUGUGAUGAUGUGGAAGUGGAAGUGAAUGUGGUGGCUGUGGCUGCUGUUGUGGUGGCUGUGUGUGUGGAUGUGGAUGUGGUGGAUGUGAAAGUGGAAGUGGAUGUGCUGGCUGUGGUGGCUGUGGAUGUGGUGGAUGUAGUGGAUGUGGAUGUAGUGGCUCUGGAUGUUGAUGUGAUGAUGUGGACAUGGUGGAUGAGGAUGUGGCGGAUGUGGGUCGCGGAUGUGGAUAUAGUGGAUGUAGAUGUGAAAGUGGUGGAUGUGGAUGUGGAAGUGGUGGAUGUGGAAGUUGUUGUGGAUGUGGUGGAUGUGGAUGUGAUGGAUGUGGAAGUGGUGGAUGUGGAAGUGGAUGUGGUGGAUGUGAAAGUAGAUGUGGAUGCGGAUGCGGAUGUGGAUGUGGAUGUGGAUGUGGAUGUGGUGGAUAUGGUGGAUGUGAAAGUGGAUGUGGAUGUGGAAGUGGUGAUUGUGGAAGAGGAUGUGGUGGAUGUGGAUGAGGAUGUCGAUGUGGAUGUGGUGGAUGUGGGAGUGGAUGAGGAUGAGGUGGAUGUGGAUGUGGAUGUGGUGGAUAUGGAUAAGGUGGAUGUGGUGGUGGAAGUGAAUGUUGAUGCGGAUGCGGAUGCGGAUGCGGAUGCGAAUGUGGAUGUGGAUGUGGAUGUGGAUGUGCUGGAUGUGGAUGUGAAAGUGGUGGAUGUGGAUAUAGUGGAUGUAAAAGUAGUGGAUGAGGAUGCUGAUGUGGAUGUGAUGGAUAUGGAAGUGGAUGUGGCGGUGGAUGUGGUGGAUGUGGAUGUGGUGGAAGUCGAAGUGGAUGUGGAUGUGGAUGUGGAUGUGAAAGUGGUGGAUGCGGAUGUGAUGAAUGUGGAUGCGGGUGUGAUGGAUGUUGAAGUGGUGGAUUUGGAUGUGAAAGUGGUGGAUGUGGAUGCAGAUGCGGAUGUGGAUAUGGGUGUGGUUGUGGUGGAUGUGCCUGAAUUGUGCAUUGAACCGGCUGUUGAUGACCUCGUGGAUGAGGGUGUUUAUGUAGAUUUAUGGAGGCGCCUGUGGUUUUAA